GGAGAUCUUUAUCUGGUCCCCUAGGUGCUUCAGGAGUUUCAGAGUUUCUCACCAGCCUGCUCUCUCCCCGUCCCCACCCCAGGCCUUGCCCCCUCCAUCCUCUGCACAGGAAGUGGGCUGGCCCUGGGGUUUUAGUCUUUGCCGGCCUCAUCAGCCAGCUACUACCUGGGCUGCCUCGGUCGGAGUCGGAGCAGGGCCCUGGGGAGAUGGCUGUGGACCCAGCAGUGGAGAGAUCCCAAGAGCGUGCGCGGCAGCCCCAUGUUUCAGCCAGGGCUCCCUUCCCCAGCUCCCACCCAUGGAUGUGAUGGCAGCUCCUGGUCUGUCUUGGUGUCUGUCCCUCCCUGUCUUCCUCCUGGCUCUGGCCAUCCCUCAGGGAUCCACAGCGGCGAAUGACACUUCCAAGCUCACAUGCUUCUACAACUCAAAAGCCAACAUCUCCUGUGUCUGGAGCUGGGAUGGGGACCCGCAGACCACGUCCUGCAAGAUCCACGCUCAUCCGGAUAGACGGCCUUGGAACAAAUCCUGUGAGCUGCUCCCGAUGAGCCUGGCAUUCUGGGCCUGUCACCUGGUCCUUGGAUCCCCAGAUGCUCAGAGUCUGACUGCGGCUGACAUCGUCCACAUGAGCGUGAUGUGCCAUGAAGGGGAAAGGUGGAAGACACUGAUGACCCAGGACUUCAAGCCCUUUGAGAACCUUCGCCUGAUGGCCCCCGACUUGCUCCAAGUCACCGAAGUCGAGACCCACAAAUUCAACAUAACCUGGAAAGUCCCUCAAUCCUCCCACUACAUUGGAAGUUACCUGGAGUUUGAGGCCCGGACAAGGUCCCCGGGCCAGAGCUGGGAGGAGGCCUCCGUGCUGAUCCUCAGGCAGAACCAGCAAUGGAUUUCCCUAGAGACACUCACUCCAGGCACCCUGUAUGAAUUUCAAGUGCGGGUCAGGGCCCACCUAGGCAGCCACAAAGCUUGGAGUCCCUGGAGUCAGCCGCUGCCCUUCAGGACGCCAGCCUCAGAGAAGCAGACUCUGACCUUUCUUUGGCUUGGCCCCAUGAUGUUGGGCGUCAUCUGUGUCUCUGGCUUUAUCAUCUUGGUCUGCUUGUUGGCCAACUACCAGUACAUCGGACCAUGGCUGAAGAAGGUUCUGAAGUGCCACAUCCCAGACCCCUCGGAGUUCUUUUCCCAGCUGAAGUCAGAGCAUGGAGGAGAUUUCCAGAAGUGGCUCUCCUCGCCCUUCCCCUCGUCAUCCUUCAGCCCCAACGCCCAGGCAGCCGAGAUCUCCCCGCUGGAGGUGUUGGACCGGGACGCCAAGGCCACACAGCUCCUCCUGCUGCAGCAGCAGAAGGGACCCUCACCCUCCACGGAGACCAGCGGCCAUUCGCUGACCAGCUGCUUCACCAACCAGGGUUACUUCUUCUUCCACCUCCCUGAUGCUGUGGAGAUCGAGGCCUGCCAGGUGUACUUCACCUAUGACCCCUGCACAGAAGAGCCCGAGGAGGGCAGGCCCGGGGAGCCCGAGGGGCCUCUCCUCCCGCCCCUGCUGCCCCCGCCAGCGGAGGACGAUGCCUACUGCACCUUCCCCCCGGGGGAUGACCUGCUCCUCUUCUCUCCCGGUCUCCUGGGUGGCCCCAGCCCCCCUAACCCUGCCCCGGGGGGCGCUGGAGCUGGUGAAGAGAAGCUGCCCCCCUCUCUGCAGGAGGGAGCUCCCAGAGACUGGGCCCCCCAGCCCCUGGUGCCUCCCACCCCAGGAGCGCCUGACCUGGGGGAUAGCCAGCCACCCCCAGAGCAUGCCCUGCGGGAAGCAAGAGGGGAGGUCCCAGCCCCUGGCCCCGGGGAGGGGGUCAGCUUCCCCUGGGCUAGUCUCCCCGGGCGAGGCCAGGUCAGGGCCCCUACCUUCUGCCUGACCCUGAACACCGAUGCCUACCUGUCCCUCCAAGAGCUGCAGAAUCAGGACCCGGCUUACUUAGUGUAGACCGAUGACCAGGCAGGUCGCUGCCCACUGUUGUGCCGGGCCCACGUGAGGGCUCUUUGUCCUCAAGGCUCGUCCACUGCUGAGCCACCCAGCGUCUAGCUACCCCCUGGACAUCUCUGCCCCGAGGGCCCCCACCCAGCCCUGCACACUCAGCUGUUCACUUCCAAAACCGUCAUUGCUGCUCCCUGGUUCCGUGGCCCAAGCCAAGAACUGCAGCGGGUGGGGGCACUGGGACUCCCCUCAUCUGCAGUGGAGUCCCAUGGCUUUUGCCUCUAAAGCAUCCCUCCUCCCCAGCCCUGCAAGGACUCUUCACGGAGAGUUUUUGGGGUUCUCCAGGGAUCUUCACCGUGUCCUCCUCCCUGGGUUUCCCGCCCCAGUGCACCCCCUCUUGCCCAUCCUCCACAGGGCAGCCAGAGUGCUCUCUCUGAACCACAAAUACGGCUCUGCUGCCCCUUGUUUAAACCCUGCCAUGGCUCCCCGCUGCCCUCACACCACUUCUUGGCCUAGCUCUUGCUCCUCCAGCAUCAUGCUGGGACAUUCCCUUCUGGAACCCUCCCAGUGGUCCUACUGAGGCACCAGCAGCUCCCUCACGCCCCCACACCUUUGCACAUGCUGUUCCCUGUACCUGCAGUGCUCUCUCCUCCCUCAUCUAGGUGACAAACCCUCUUAUGCCUCAAGGGUCUGUUCUGCUUCCCUUGAAGGGAGACACUGCCUCCAUGAAUGUGCCCAAACUUCGAGAUUCGGUCCCGGAGGGGGUUCUCAGGGUCAUGGGAUGGCUAGACAAAGCGGCCAUGUCACUUCACCCUUGGGAUCUCUUGUGACCUCGGCAUGCUUAGCUCCUGGGUCCCUGCCACUGUGGCCCAAGUACGGUCGCAAAUCCCCGGCGAAAGUCGACACUGGCUGGAUCUUUCCAUAGCGGUUUCACAGACUCGGGAGGCCUGCUGCUGGAAAGUAAACGCCUCCCAGUGGCAGGUUCUGAGGCUGUCAGAGAGAGUCUAGACCUUUACUGGAGGGAUCUCUAAUGCAGCUCAGGGGCUGGCACCCCCGCACCCAGAAGAGCAGCUCGCUCACCGCACUUCACAGUGCGCUUGGCACCCUCAUCAUAUUCCCUGGAUGAAUUAAUGAACUAUCUGGGACCACCUUGCUUGGCCUCCCGGUGCCCGGCUACCUUCACACAGGGGGCAUCGUCCCCCUCUGAGGUCAAGACACAGAGAGGCGAAGCCCCAUGCUCACUAGGUUCCAGAAUGCCCAUUCCAGCAAGAGGCUCGUCUCCUUUCAGGGCAAUCCUCCCUGCAACCCAAACACAGACACACGGGGCCGGCCCCUUCCUUCUCGGUGCUCACCACCACCUCUCCACUUCUCUUCCCUCUGUCCCUGACACAGAUCACACCUGUGAUGUCUGCCGCAACCUUCCUCUCACACUAAAAGUCUCUGCCAAGAAAGCACGCCUUCCCGGGUCACCAAGCUGUGAGCGCGGUGUACCUGCACUUAUAGGCCCUGCGCCUAGCUGAUUGGGUGGGGACCUGACACAAGCCCACCCACAGGCCGACAAGCAGCCUAUGAACUGGCUCAGAAAAGAAGCUCCACCCAAUCAGGGAGGCCGGACCUGAACUGGCCAAUCAUAUUUCUCUCAGUCUUGAGCCUUUUGAACUCAGGGAAAGAGGGAGGUCCCUGGGAGCAGGUGCCUCGGGAGAAGGAGCUGGGAGAAACCUGCGGAGGAGUUCAGCCCCGUUAGCAGAGGGCAUCUGGCUCUGCUACCCAGACUCCUGCUGCCAGAGGGGCUGCUGACUGUUCGCUCAAGAUUGUUUUCCUUAUGCCCGAAAUAAACUCCCCUUUCUUGAGGAUGUCUGAGUCUUGGAUCCUUACCACGAAAGAGCUUAAUUACCUGGCUCCUUCCCACCUCCUGCCAUACGACGCCAUGUGUUCCGGGCCACGAGGCUCCUCAGUCCUGGCCUGAGCAUCAGACCCAAGCUCCGUGCCCAGACCCUUGCUCUGUGUCCCAGGGCAAACUGUGAAACCUCUCUCCAAGUCAGUCUCUGUUUUGAAGAGUUCUUGGGACAGUUACAGUUCUCAAGCCUCGGGCAUUUGUGCUAUAUGUAUUUUCAAUGUACCAUCUCUGUUAUUGUUUACUUAAUAUUUUUCUUCAAAUCCAUUCACUUUUUGGUUUAAAUACUUUUAUUUAAAAAGAAAAACCUUUGUAUUGCUUCUUUAAAUGGAAAAGCUGAUACUCACUA